UAAAUUACUGUAUAGCCAGUUAUCCAAUGCUGUCUAUAAAACCUGCAUCAGACUGUGGAUUGGGGAUUGCAAUUGAAUUGAAAUUUGACCAAUCAGUGUAAAGUUCACUAAAUUUCACUAAACUCGAAUUAACUUUGUACUGAUUGGCCAAAUUCAAUCUCAAUCUCAAUCUCCAGUCCAUAGUUUGAUACAGGCUUUAUAGUCAGUAUGGGGCGACUGGCUAUACAGUAGUAUUACAUAUAUACACGCCACACGUGAUGGCGCAUCCAAUAAGCGUACUGUUCUUCCACAAGAGCUACACACUCGUUGGAUAUCGCGUGCCGCAUGUCGCGUCACGUAUUGCGCCGUGUGCUAUAAUUCGGUGAGAGAUUACAAUAGGUUAAGUUGAGAUCGUUUGGAAUUAUCUGCCGAGACGCCGACAUUCCUCGUUAUUUAGGAAGAUACAUAAAACAUUAGUGAUGAGCCGGAAGGAAGCAUUAUCUCAAUUUAUACAACAAAUUCACGGGCGACCUGUGGUUGUGAAACUAAACAGUGGUGUUGAUUACAGAGGUGUGUUGGCUUGUCUCGAUGGUUACAUGAACAUAGCACUCGAACAAACGGAAGAAUAUGUUAACGGACAAUUGAAAGACAAAUAUGGCGACGCCUUCAUUCGUGGAAACAAUGUUUUGUACAUUAGCACGCAAAAGCGUAGAAAUUAAUCAUGGCACAGUGCCGAAUAAGGUUUCGGAUUAAAAUUAAAUUUUUAUUUAA